AUGGACCAUGUCUUGUCGAAGGAAGAUGUGAAGGAAUACGAUGCCUUUAUCCCUGCAAUCCCCUGGCUGGGAUACGACCACAAACCCUCAGAGACGGUCGGCACAUUCGACGACUAUGCGCUGCAGCGGGGCUGGACCCCUGACAACCUACUCGAUCUCAAAGAAGGCAGACUCCAGGUCAUCCAACAAAACUCUGUCAAGCCGUUCCUGCAGAGCUGGUUCAGUAUCGGUCUCUGGGAAGCCGCUUUGGGAAGAGGUCUGGAGAAAGACGACUUCAUUGCGUGGAGAGAUUCCAAGGCCAUGUUCAGCAGCGAGAAACUCAAACCGAUGGUCAGAGAUCUCGUCGAGUACUUCAUCCACGCCGCCGAAGAUGACUCUGUCAAAGUUGAGAUCACCAUGCGCCUGAAGCGUGUUCUGAAGGCUGCCAGCCUGUGGAACAGAAUGAUGAGCGAAACUCAGCUCUUCAUAAAUGCAAAUCCUGACUUCUGCGAUGAGACCUUCCAUACUGUGAUGCGGAUGUUCACCAUACUAGGGGUGACGCUGCAGUACACAGCUGAGCAUCUGGCGGAAUGGGGACCAGUUGGGUUCCGCGCCCAGGUCCAGAAUCCUUGGAGAUUCACACUCGCACUUCAGCAGAGGCUCAAGGAGCGCAUGAUCGGACGUGGUUGGUGUCCAUACAUCCAGACCAUGCUCAGUCCGUUCAAUGUGAUCGUGCAGGAAUAUGCUGCCAUUGUUGGACCGCCGUCGACUCGGUUUCGCCAUGAUGCGUGUUCCGCCGCUGGUUGUGUCAGGCACAAUAUUGACGACAGUGCCUACAAACCUCUCCACACUCGACCAGACUGUCGGUGUGGAUGGGUACGGCCGAGCCUUGACCGAAUCCGCGAGAUUCUGGACAAUGGACAAGUUCCUCUGAUGGACUUGACCAAGGUCUUGGACGCUGAAGACGGCAAAGUUGUGCAUGUCGUACCGUUUGAACCAGGAAAGGCCGAAUUUUCUGCCGUCUCACACGUAUGGUCUGGUGGCUUGGGCAGCACCUCGGAGGAAGGACUCCCUCAAUGCACUCUCCACCAUCUCAGCGGCUACAUGGAAGCUGGGAAGCUCUCCAAACUCGUCUGGAUCGACUCUCUUUGCAUCCCGCGCGACAGGAGGCUGCGAAAGCUGUCGAUCCGCACCAUCAACAAGGUGUACACUCAAGCGGACACGACCCUCGUCCUUGACCCAGAGCUCAUGCACUCUCCCUCUUCCAGUACACGUCGGAUGCUGUUAUGGAUAGCUACGGCAGCCUGGAUGCAGAGGAUGUGGACGCUUCCCGAAGGACGACUGUCUCGACGUCCAUUCAUCGCUUGGGAGGAUGGCGCAGUCCCUCUGCAGCGCUGUUUCGCGGACGCUGCAACCGACUUUCACAACCCAGUCACUGGUGCACUGGAGCCAGAAUUGUUUGGUCUGCUUUCCCAGGAGAUAAAUCAGCUUCGAUAUAUACACCAGUCUUUGGGUUACCGCACCACGAGUAAGCGGGACGACGAGGUUCUGGCUCUCGCUGCGCUUUUCGACCUCGAUCUCAAAAACUUCCUGGACAGGACAUCCUCAGAUGAGCGAAUGGCGCUGUUCUGGAUCUCCCUCAGGCACAAAGUGCCAAUUCCGAUGAACAUUCUUUUCUUGAACACUCCUAGACUCCCAGUUCCAGGACUUCGCUGGGCGCCCAGCAGCCUUCUGAACGCAGGAAGGCAGCUAAGCCUCAUAACGGCGCCAAAGGGAAUUGAUUCCUAUCAUGUACACUUGGGCGACGAUGGCACUCUGACGGGAGCUUAUGUCGUAAUUCGCCUGGACAAAAGAUCGACCAUUGUGCUGAACAAGUUCAAUCCAAUCAUGCUGACCUUUCUUCCAGAUCCAGGUUCAACACAGCUUUGCAGGGCUCCUUUCACCAUUGAGGCUGGCGGCGCACGAAAAGCAAGGGUUCUUGAUCAUGUUGACGCCUUUGCGGUCAAUGUAACCAAUAUUGAGGCCACAACAGCAGAGCUUUUGGCCAACGAACUUGUCGCUGCCGUUCGGUCUGCCGUCGCGCUGACAUUGAACACUCCGGAACCACGGGAUGAAGGCCACGCGGUGCCUAGCCAGAACGAUUCCAAAGCUUCAAAUCAACCACCCGGUCACUCAUUUAGAGCCCGUCAGCGACUGCAGCUGUCACCCAUAGAGACUCGAGGGAACGAGAUGAUUUCUGGAAUUGUUGGGUGGGCACGGAUUUCGAUAUCCUGA